AUGUCCGGAUACGACCAAUACAACCAGGGCUAUGGCCAGCAAGGCUACGGUCAGCAGGGACAGCAAGGCUACGGCCAGCAGGGUUACGGCCAGCAAGGCUAUGGUCAACAGGGCCAAGGCUACGGCCAGCAGGGCUACGGUCAGCCCCAAUACGGCGAGCAGCAGGGCUACGGUCAGCAGCAGUAUCACCAGGGCGAGUCUGGCUCCAACGAAUACUACGGUGGCCAGGGCCAGCAGCACAACCAGGGCCAGUAUGGCCAAGAGCAGUACGGUCAACAAGGCCAGCACCAGUACGGUCAGGACCAGAACCGCCAGGGUGGUUACGAGCAGCAGCAGGGUGCCCCCGGUGAGGCCCAGGAGGGUGAGCGCGGUCUUGCCGGUGCUCUCGCAGGCGGUGCCGCUGGUGGAUUUGCCGGCCACAAGGCCAACCACGGCUUCCUCGGAACCAUCGGUGGAGCUAUCAUCGGUAGCAUUGCCGAAGACGCCAUGAAGAAGCACAAGAACCACGACCAGAGUCCCGGCCCUCCCGGCUACAAUGGUCAAGGUAGUCCCUACGGCGGCCCUCCCUCUAACCAGGGCAGCGGCAUGAUGGACCAGCUCGGCGGAUUCUUCAAGAAGUAG